AUGCAAGAAGGUGCUAACAUUGGUGCUAAUGUUGUAGAAGAAGGUGUGGUGCAGGAUGAUCAUAUGAUGCAAGCAUGUGUUACUACUACUCAAAGAAAUGUGAUGCAAGGUAGUGAUACUUUUGGGCAAGAUGUGAAAGAUUUCAUUGAUGAUCACUUAUCUAAUGAUGAUGUUGAUCUGGAUGGUGGAGCUGGAGGUGUUGGAACUGUUGCUGAUGGUGUUGGUGGGGGUGAUGAUAAGGGAGAUGGUGCUGGUGAUGUUGAUGAUGGUGAUGGAGCUGAAGGUGAUGGUGAUAAUCCGAGUGAUGAUGAUGGAAAUCAGGCUGAUGAUGAAGGACAUGAGGUUAUCCCGGUGGUUAAGAGAACAAGGAAAAUAUCUGAUAGGAUAACCAAAAAUAAAGCUAUGGAAGGGUGUGUAUAA